UAAAGCGCAUUUUCCCGGCCUCCCAAAGGGUUUGAACUCGUGGCGGCUCUAGUGGCUGGCGUGGGUUCGGCACCAUGGCUCUGGUGUCCUGGGUCUGUGGAGGUCUGGACCACGAUUCGGCACCAUCAACUCCUACCUGACGUCAGCAUAUCAGGGUAUCCAACUUUCCCCCCAGUUACCCAAGAGCGCCCCAGAGUCGCAGUUCUGGUCUAGUAUUGCAUCCCCACCCCAAGUAUUUCGAUUUUAAAUUCUGAUCUUUUCUGGGCUGUAUCUUGGUAUCCCGACUGGGAGAGCAAGGGCAAAAGACGCCAGGGAACCGGACCCCUGCCGCAGGAUAUGAAUAGAAGCCUGAGCUGGUCUGAGCAGCUUGACGUGCUUCUCAAUGCCACCGAUGAAAACGUGGCCCGGAUUAAGCAGCAGCUGUAUCCCUUUGGAGUCUCCACAGCAAAUAGACCCAGGACUUCCCCUUCCUUAUUUUCCUCAGCAGGGGACCUGGCUGGGAUCUGGACUGUCCCACAUCACUUGCCUCUUCAGUCAGGAGGUGGAGCUCAACAUUCCUGGACUCUAGGUUCUCCCAGUGUCCCAGAGAGGCUGAGCUGGGCUGAGGCCCACAGUCCAUCCUCUCUCUGGGAUGAAGUUAAUAUUCUUCGAUCCCAGCUUCAAUCCCAGGCUCAGGUGACUGAGGCAUUAAGGCAGGCUGUGCGGGGCCUACUGGAAGAUCGAGAGCAGCAGAAGUACCAGAUCUGUGCCCUGGAAGCAUCACUAAGGUUGCUGCAAGGGGGCCCAGAGAGGAGAGCCCUUCUCCUGGAGCAACGCCUGGAUGGGCUGAGAAGGGAACUACAGGGCCUUUGGAGCCAGGUGCAGGAGCAGGCCCAAACCCAAGCCCAAGCCCAGAUGCAAUCAAGACAAAGGAAGUACAGUAUUACCAGUGGCUUUCACCAGCAACUGCAGAAUGAGCGGCAACUGCUGUGGGAGGAGUCAGAGGUUCUGCGAGAGGAACUGAAGUUGCUGAGGGACCAACUGAGCCCAUGGUCUGGCAGAUGUUGGAGGAGCUGCAAAGUGUCCAGGAGGGCAAGAGUCAUCCCCUUCAGGCUUCCAGGACAGAGGCCCAGGAUGCCCAGCGGGAACUCGACUUCCUCAGGACCUCCGUUCAUGUCCUCCAAUCCAAGCUGCCCCAGGCCUCCACCUUUGCCAUGUCUUAUUCAUCCAGCUCUGAAGUCAGUCUUCCGGACAGUAAUAGUAGCUGGGAACUUUUAAGGAAGCUAGAUCUCCAGAGGUGCACUCUAUCCAACCAGGAGCCCAGCAGCCAUCACCUCCAGGCCCAGAGCCUUGAGCAGGAGGACCUCUCCUUUCCGGGCCCCAAGGUGCUUCUGAGUGACCUGUAACAACUGAUAGGAGUAGUGUGAUGAAGCCUUCUUUGCCCAUCCUUCUCUCUAAGACCCUGUUUCUCUACCUCCUGCCCCUCUCCUGUUAAUCUAGCUGGUAUCUGUCCUCCCUACUGAAACUUCUCACUGCUUGUCUGCCCCCUCCAGCUGCAAUAAAAUGGUUUAAUCCUC